AUGGCGUCUGUUAAGAUAGCUCCUUUCGAGCACACCUCUCUUGAAUCUAUCCCCACCACGGCUAAACUACUCCGAACAACCUUUCGUUCGCAACGAACCAAGCCAAUCGAAUAUCGUUUGAAGCAACUUCGAAAACUCUAUUGGGCUAUUCACGAUAACAGCGAUGCUCUUAUCGAAGCAGAAAAGAGCGAUCUUGAGAAACCCGCUUUCGAAACUUGUCUUACAGAGAUAGAUUGGAUGAAGAAUGAUAUCAUCUUUAUUUGCAAGAAUUUGAAAAAAUGGAUGAAGGACGAGCCGGCACCAGAUAUUCCCCUCACCAAUACUCUUUUCAGCCCUAAGAUCAGAAAGGAACCUUUGGGUACUGCUUUGAUAAUCGGUGCAUUCAAUUUCCCAGUUCAGUUGUCGCUUGGUCCUUUCGUUGGAGCUAUGGCCGCAGGAUGUACAGCUGUGUUGAAGCCCUCAGAGCAGGCGCCCAAAACUGCCAUGGUACUGAAGAAGAUUAUGGAAAGUCUCGAUCCAGAAGCAUAUAAUAUCGUCAAUGGGGCUAUCCCUGAGACGACCGCUCUGUUGAACGAGAAAUGGGAUAAGAUCUUCUAUACUGGAGGCGCAACAGUAGGGACCAUCAUCGCGAAAAAAGCUGCUGAGACUUUGACCCCGGUCGCUUUGGAGCUUGGUGGUAGAAACCCAGCUAUUGUAUCAAAGAACGCGGAUCCUGCUCUUGCAGCUAGAAGAUUGUUAUGGGGUAAGACCCUUAAUGCCGGGCAGGUUUGCAUCGGCCAAAACUAUGUCAUGGUGGAAAGAGAAAUACUGGAUGCUUUCAUUGAGCAGCUCAGGAUCGCCUAUAAAGAAUUCUACCCUCAAGGUGCCAAAGCUAGCCCUGAUUAUGGUCGUAUCGUCAACAAUAGACAAUUUUUAAGAAUCAAAAAGAUGCUUGAUGAUACGAAGGGAAGCAUUCUAAUUGGUGGAGAAUUGGACGAGGCCGAGAAUUUCAUCGCGCCAACUGUGGUUUUGGUUGAUAGUAAAGAUGAUUCAAUGCUGGUGGAUGAAUCUUUUGGUCCCUUGAUCCCUAUCCUUCCAAUUAAUAACCUUGAUGAAGCCAUCAAUAUUGCUCACGAUGUUCACGCGACUCCAUUGGGCUUCUAUCCAUUUGGAACGAAGGAAGAAACUGAUAAGCUACUCAACAGCAUCACAUCUGGUGGUGCUACCGUCAAUGAUGCCUUCUUCCACGGCUCGAUACCUACUCUUGCCUUUGGAGGCGUCGGCGACAGUGGAACUGGUAGUUAUCGAGGCCAGCAAUCCUUCCACGCCUUCACUCAUCGUCGUUCCGUUGCCACAACUCCUAGCUGGAUCGAAAAAAUGCUCAAUGUCCGCUAUCCACCAUAUACCAAUGCCAAACUCGUCCAGUUCCGCAAAACCAGUACGAAGAAACCAAAUUUCGACAGGGAAGGCAAUGAGGUUAGAGGUUUAGGUUACUGGUUGGGUUUUGUGACGAGCCUUGGUGGUGAAAGCAUUAAGGGAGUGCUUCUUAGGUGGGCAAUUCUCGCUUUCGUUGCGUAUGGAUCCAAGAGGGUUUGGGAUGCAAAAUUUGGUAGCGGGUUACCUUCCUUUUUGAGGUGA